GUCAGCGCUCGUCGGCGGCACCUACUCCGCUUGCGUGCGUCGGGCGGCAGGGCCCAGCCAUCCCGCUCCUCCAGACUCUCCUGUCCAGCAGCCGAGGCAAAGCGGCCGUAGCCACCUGCCAGAUCCCGAUUCGAGGGAGGGAGGGCGUGCGAGCCAGUUGCUAGCUGCCGGGUGCCUGCCUGGGCCCCGAGGCCAUCUGUGCGGCGGUGCCCACCUUUAUCAAUGCCGCCCGAGCGUCUAUCUACAAGCGGCGGCGGCGGCGGCGGAGGAAGGGAGACGACGAGACGACAGCUAGCAGCGCUGGAGCCGGGUUGAUCGACACGCGGGCGGGCACGGCGAAGCAAAUAGGAACCCGUCGGGUUUUGUCUGGCACGCCACGGCCCGACCCGACCCGACCAGGCUGAUGAUCAGUGACCUGACGACAACUCGGUAUGCAUACUUGUUUUCGCUCGAGCCAAACUACCAGAGCAACUGCCAAGUCUCUGAAUUCCGGCAUGGCAGCCCCUUAAUUUCCCUCUGCACUUGAGCAGCUGUGUUCAGUUUGCCGUGCGACCUCAGAUAAGGCCAGCUCGCUGACGCUCCAUGAUCCCUUGUGCUUUACUUUGCAGAAUCCGAUAGGAUCCCAGUUAUGGCUAGCUGAACUCUGCCUUUUUCCUUCUUUGGCUAUUUUUACAUAAAGAAAAUCCUGCUUCAGAGAUGUCUUCGAGCAAUGGUGCGGAGGACUCACCCUCUGAAACAAAUGCUCUGGUAGAGGCCAUGGACGCCAAGCUGAUGAUGGCCACAGGCACUGGGGAUGUCCAGCAGUUGAAGCAUCUAGUGCACAGGCAGGAACAAGAUUCAAACAUGAUGGUGGUGGUGAUGGCCAAACAGACUGCUUCUGUGGAGAAGCCUUGCCCUCAGCAGCGGAAUAUGGAUCCCCAUCUUCUAGCACUGGCAUCCUCUGGCUCUUCUGAGGAGCUGCAAACCCUUCUCAAUGGGGAAAACAGUCAAGCCACUGGCCAUGGCACAGACGGAAGCUUGACUACUCUGCGAGCUAGCUCUUAUGGUGGUGACACAGAAGCAAAUGAGUCGAUCCUGGCAUGGAUGACUGCUCAAGGUGACACUGCACUCCAUGUGGUGGCCGCCUGUAGUCAGGGCAACAACUUGUUUACCAGGUUCAGAGAGGCGAAACAUAUCCUUGUGGAACAAAACAACAAGAAGCGGCAUCCAACCCGCGCAGAGCGCCAUGCGAUGACCACCUAUGGCGAUGGUGAUAAUUUCUUGGAGAGCACUCGCAUCAUCUAUGGGAAAGCGAAGCACCUCCUCUUUGUGCAAAACAACAAGGGUGACACCCCUUUGCACUGUGCUGCACGGGCGGGAAAAUCCAACAUGGUUGCUUGCCUCAUUGAUCUUGCUUCCUCUGAAGGCGAGAAUAGGAUCAAGGAAUUGCUGCGGAAAGAAAACAAGCACAAGGAAACAGCCUUGCAUGAGGCGGUCCGUGUUGGGAAUAAGGACAUAGUCGACCUGCUCAUGUGGAAGGACUCAGAAUUGGCCAACUUUCCAGAAGACGGUGGCACAUCACCUAUGUACCUAGCCAUCUUGCUAAAAUGGGAUGAAAUUGUGAAAACACUCUAUGAUAAGAGUAGUCAUGGGAAGCUUUCCUUCUCCGGACCAAAUGGACAGAAUGCAUUGCAUGCUGCUGUUCUCCGACACCAAGCCCAAGACCUUGCAAAAUUGUUAAAAUGGAAUGAAACACACCUCUGCCCGCAAAAUAAGGACCUUACCACACAAAGGGAUGAAACUGGGAGUACUCCACUUCACUUUGCUGCAGCUGUGAAGUUUCUAUUUAGGCCAUCAAACAUAUGCCGGCAAGUAUUGGAAGCUAAUCCCGAUGCCCUGUAUCAACCAGACCAUGCCGGAGUUUUUCCCAUACACGUUGCUGCCUCUGCAGGUGCUUCCUGGAACGUUGACAUGUUUGUUAAAAGAUGUCCUGGUAGCGCUGGUCUUUGCGAUGCUAAAGGAAAGACAUUUCUGCAUGUUGCUGUUGAGAAAAAGGAGGCGAAUGUAAUCAGGAGUGUCUGCAGAAAUCUAUCACUAUCAUGGAUUAUGAAUAUGGUAGACAAUGAUGGGAACACUGCACUUCACCUUGCUGUUGAGGCAGGGAGCCUUCAAAUGUUUUGUCCUCUAUUGGCGAAUCCACAAGUAAACUUAAAUUUACCAAACAGUAGAGGGGAGACUCCAUUAGAUAUAGCACAAUAUAAGAUUCCUGAAGAUGGAUUCUACCAUGCUUUGAAUAGUGAAGUACAAAUAUGUCACACACUCAGAAUUGCCAGUGCUGUGAACGGUGUCCGUCGCCAUGGUCACUUAAAAGAUAACAAAACUGUGAGAGUAAAACAUGAUGAAAGUAAAGAAAUGGAGGCAGUGAAAGACUCGACGGGAUCUCUGUGUAUUGGGUCGGUUCUAAUAGCAACCGUGACAUUUGGCGUAACUUUUGCUGUGCCUGGAGGUUACGUAGCUGAUGAUCGCAAUAAUGGAGGCACACCAAUACAUGCUCGAAGGUAUGCUUUUGAUGCAUUCAUCGCGUCCAACACGUUGGCCUUUGUUUUAUCCACGAUGGCUACCUUGGGUGUCAUGCAUUCUGGGUCUUCUUUGUUGAGCCUCCAGAGACGCAAAAUGCACAUAUUCAUAGCCAUAUACCUCGUAUCGAAUUCGAUUACAAGCUUGACAGCUGCCUUUGCACUUGGUGCAUAUGUGGUGCUAGCUCCGGUGGCCCAGAAGAGCGCAAUUGCCACAUGUGUCCUCAGUUCUCUCGUGCUGCUAUAUAUGAAUAUGGAAUUUAUUUGGAGACGUCUUCUUCUACUACCACCGUUGCGCACGAGGAAGGGGCUAAUUUGGGCAUGGUCAUAUUCAGCAUAUGUUAUCGCGGCUAGUAUGCUAUCAGGAUAUUGGCCCUUAAUAUUCAUCUUUGGUUGGGCCGCAUAUACAAACCAGAGUAUUACAUGAAUCAGUUACAUUCUUAUGGAUUUGCAGUGAAAUUAAGGUGGUGUCACCCUGCCUAUGGACAAUGUGUGCCAUCUCUAUGUCUGCAUUAUCAUUCUCUAGAUACUUUAUUGAAUUAUCAGAUGGUUUCCCUUGUACUUAAUUUCCCCUUUUUUGUUACUCUAUUAGGGAGUUGUAUAUUUUGCUCGUAAUUAUUAGUGAAAGUGGUGGUUACUGUGCAUUUUGCAGAAACAGAUGGUUUUCAAUGUUCGGAUGAUAUUUGUGAUUCGUGGAGAGCUUUUGAA